GUCACCACUUCCGUUGCAUAUAAUUAGUGCCACACGUCAGCCAGGUGUGUGUGGACACUCUACAUGCAGCGCAGUGAUGGCAGGAAGCCCGGAGGUGGUCAAGAGAGUCUUACGCUGCAAACUUCAACUUGCAGACACGGCACAGUCUGCCACGGUUCUCAAAAUAUUGCAGAAGCUCAACAAUCUAGACAUCACUGUAGAUGUUCUUGCUGAAACUGGAAUUGGGAAAACUGUGAAUUCCUUUCGCAAGCACAAAGAAGCUGGAGAAUUAGCCAAGUCGCUGGUCAAAGGUUGGAAGAAAUUAAUCCCCAAGAAUUCAACAAGUCACACAGAAGAUGGAAAUACCUCAGAAAGUUUGUUCGCCAAAGAACAAAUCAUCAGUGACCAAAAUAGCUCAACUAAUGGAGGUCAGCCAGAGGAGGAAUUAAAUAAUAAUUCCUUAACACCAAAUACCAAGGCUGUUGAACAUUUGAAUGAAAAAUGCCACACUAAGAAAAUUAAUGGAAAUCCUAAAAGAAAAAAGGAAAAGUGGGAAACUCAUGAUGAGCUUGACCCAAAGAAGUUUGAAAAUGCAAUCUCGAGUUUGAAAAAUGCUGUUCCUGAGGAUAAAUGUCAUCGUUCUGUUUCCAAGCACAAGAAAAAUGGACUUCAUAAGUUCCAGUUUGACUGCCAAGUAGAAUUUCAAGACAAAAGUAGUUCAGGCUGUGUAGUCUCUUAUUUGGAAAAAAAUAGAGAAAAGUCAAAAAAGAAGUCAAAGCCGUCAAAGGAAUCCUCACAAGACUGCAACGGAACCUUGUCUCAUGACAAACAUUCGACAUCCCCUGACUUGAAUGAUACUCGACAGGAUGGCUCAUCAGGAAUAUCAAGUAGUUGGGACAACCCAAAUAGAAAAAGAAAGAAAUGGGAGAAAGAAAGUGAUUCUGGACAUGAGUUGUCAAAACCCUCAAACAAAAAGCCCAAAAUACAAGAAAACAGUGAGAGCGAAAUGGAGGCGCCAUCCAUGUCUUUUGAAUCGUACUUAAACUAUGAUGAAAAUGCCUUAAAGAAGGAUCGAUCCAGAGCAAAGAAAACAUCCAAAAGGAUCAAGACUAUCGUAAAGGAGCAGCCUUUUGUAAAACCUGCCGAGUCCCCAUGGAUACCUGUUUCUCCAAAAAAGAUGAAGUUGGAAUCUCCAAAAGACCUGCUUCACAUUCCUUUACCUGCUUUUAUAAAUGAAUGUGACAAAGCAUCCAAUUUUGAAUACCUCGAGAGGAAAGUUGAGAAAGAGCCUGAUUUGGGGGACCUAUCUGAGGACUGCACAGUCUUCACAGGCCAGCGGCUAAAUAAAAAAAUGGCCGUUUACUCUGGAUCCAAGACAGUUUUCCUCCCUGCCAUGAUGAGCUUGUACCAGCAGUGUAUCCGCACACUGCAAAACAAUAUUAACUUGCUUUAUGAAACUGGCGGCGUCCCAUUUGAAAUCCUUGAGCCAGUGUUGGAGAGAUGUACGCCGCAGCAGCUGCUGCGUAUUGAGGAAUGCAAUCCGGUGUACGUCGGCGUGACAGACCACCUGUGGGGGAAACACUGCCACAAAGACUUCAAGGAUGCCAAACUUCAGCAGUACGAGUCAUGGAAGGAAAUGUACGUCAGACUCUCAGAGGAGAGGGAAAAAAAAUUCCAGACACUGGCCAAAAAAAUCAACUCUGAUCAUUCCAAGAAACCCAAAGGUCGACAAGUGAAGAUGGCAUUUAUUCACACUGUUGCUAAGCCACCGAGAGAUGUACGUAUCAAACAAGAAAUCCACGGCACUGCGGUUCAACAGCCUCAGCAGCCCAGGAUCAGUGUCAAGUCCCAAGAGACCAGAUCAAGGCCGAGCAAUGAGCCUGCAAAGACCAGCAGCAGCACCCAAGACAUUCGCAAAAAAACAAGGGUGGCGCCAAUGAUGGCAAAGUCACUAAAAGCGUUCAAGAAGCAGCAGGGACGAAGACGAUAAAGGCACUUGGAUGACCUUGCACUUUAUGUGCCUGAGUCAUGGAAACCCUUGACCUUGAAUGAGUGGUCAUACAACUAAUACAAGCAAUUAAAUUUUUCAUAAAAUGCAAAAUUGGUCCCUUUUUGGGAUUUUGAAGGCGGAGUUGAAAACUUGGUUUACCAAAUAGUGUGGCUCCCUCUAGAGGAAUUGCUGUAAAAUGAUUUGUCAUACAACUGGCGGGCACACCAACAAGAUCACGUGUACUUUAAAAUACACUAGCGAGUGCAUAAAAUUUGCACGUAUAAAUAAAGUUACAUUUUGACUCCCA